CCAUAUUAUCAAGGAAAUUUCAACGUUCUAACAUCAUUCUCUUCGUUAUGGCCCAUCCAUUUGCUUCUACUGAAGGUGUUCUACCAGUCCCAAUUUGUCUUUUAUGCGGGGCGAAGAUCCAUAUGACGGACAAUUUGGGAAUACCCAGUUCAGGCAUCGAAGGAGCCUCGAGACUUGACAAAAAGCAUUGGAAAAAACUCUGGAAGCCCGGUCCGGAACAUUUUAUGAUAUCAGCACACGAGGUAGAAACUGCCUAUAUCGAUAGGUUCCCUCUGCUAUGGUCAUGCUUAUAUCGAGCUCCUCAGUUAUCAAGGAUUCCGAUACUAAGUACCACUUGACUGGUAUCAAUUCGAUGGAAGAUUGGCAAUGGCCUUACUAUGCUGUCAAUGACCCUGCAAAAGCAAGAAUAACUGGGAAGAAAAACCCCGACUACCAUACACAGAUGUUUACCCAAUUCUAUGCUGCAGAUAUUAAGAGACAACCUAAAACAUUGAAAGACAAGACAAUCGGAUUUGUGAUCCAUGCCCACUGUUGGGCCCUGUUCGAUCGAGUCGAAGGCCUAAGAUUUAAUAAUACCAACCUCGCUAAACUUGUCCGAAUUUGUCGAAGAUACUGGCGGGAAAGCAAACGGUGGGGGAUGUCCGGGGAUGUACCGAAUGUCUCUCAGAGUCCACUUAUCGUGCCCGCAAUUCUACAAGCCAUGGCAUCCGCCGAGGCCGAUUACUAUCACCCAACCUCUAGUCUCGGCAUUCUUCCAUUAGAGCUUAGGGUUUUAAUCUCCGAAUUCGUCUGCCCUAUCACAGAUUAUACCAUGAGUGAUGUUCAAAAUUUGAGAAAUAUGCUCUUAGGGUUUGGAUGGAAGUUACCUAAGUGGUUCUGGCGAGUGCGGGUAGACGAACGUUUGUUUUUUGAGUUGGGGAAAUAUAGCGAGAACCCGUCAGUGGAUUGGAAAGUACGGCUUGAAUUUAUGAGUCUUACUGCAGAUCGAACUAGGCUCGGUUCUAGUGGUCUAGCAAACCGUGAGCGGAUUCUUGGGAUUAUGCUUGCUCUUAGGGAUGCCUACACAAAGUGA